AUGUCUCAAAACCAUUUAGAAGCGAGUGAGUUGGUGAAUGGGUAUCAUAAAGACAAGGGGAAGAAGAAGGUUACCCUAAAAGUGGACAUUGCAAAAGUUUUCGAUACGCUCUCAUGGGACUUCCUUCUCACUUGCUUGGAUGGCUUAGAUCUCCCUCCCCUCUUUGUUGGCUGGCUAAGGGCUUGUGUAUGUACAACAAACUACACUUUAGGAUACAAUGGGACUGUCAAUGCGUAUUUCAAAGGAAGAAGAGGACUAAGGCAGGGAGACUCAUUAUCUUCUUACCUCUUUGUAAUUGCUAUGAACUGUCUCUCUUUAAUGCUCAACAAAAUGGCAACGGAUGGGUAUAUGGAGUAUCAUCAUAACUGUAGAAAGAUCAAACUUACCCAUCUCUCCUUCGCUGAUGAUCUCCUCAUUUUCAUUGAAGGCUCCAUUGAAUAUGUCCAAGCGGUACUACAAACCCUCCAUGAAUUCGAGCUCAGAUCCGGCCUAGCAGUUAGUUAUCAAAAAACAAGUUUCUUUGCAUCAGGCCUAUCGGAAGCAGAAAUAUCAGCUAUUCAAGUCUCAACUGGAAUGAAAUGUGGUACUCUACCUAUGAAGUAUAUUGGUGUGCCGCUUUGUGCUAAGAAGCUUACUCUCGCCAAUUGCGAGCCCCUGAUCCAGCAAGUAAAAGCGUGCUUCUCCUCUUGGUCGGCCAAAGCCUUGUCCUUUGCUGGGAGAUUGCUCUUGAUCAAAACUGUGGGAAAAAUUGAGGGGCAUCACUCCGCAAGAGUAGCUUGGGACAGAGUCACGUUAAUUAAGGAGCAGGGUGGGUUGGGAGUUAAAGACUUACUUGUUUGGAACCGAGCUUGCUCCCUGAAGUUGGUGUGGCUGCUCUUCUUUCGCCCUUCUUCGGUAUGGUUUUCCUAUUUCAAAGAGAUCAUUUUAAAAGGAAAUAUUAGCAACUUCUGGACAAUCAAAACCAGUUCAUCAUAUUCAUGGUUGGUGAAUAAGCUUAUCAAGACUAGAAACAUCUGUUAUCCUCUGAUUAAACAUCGGCUAGGUAACGGUUUCUCAACGAGCUUCUGGUUUGACAACUGGUCCCCGUAUGGUUGCCUUAACGUGUACCUCAAUGGUGAUGUCUCGCGAUUGGGAAUUCGGAAAACUGCUACUCUGGCCUCUCUAUACUCUGAUGGAAAUUGGUCACUGCCUCCUGCCAGAACAGAAGAGCUUUUGGAAGUUCAGAUUCAUCUCACAACUGUCACCCUAUCACAAGAAGAAGAUUCAUAUGAGUGGGUAAUUAAUGGAAAAUCAAGGGACAAGUUCUCCACUGGAUCGGUCUACGCUUACCUCAAGGGUGAUGUAGCUACUGUGGCCUAG